GAGAGAGAAGAAGGUACUCACCUCGCCAUUUCCGGUCUUACUCCCUUGUAAAAACACAGCAGGUUACUAUCAUGGCGAGAAGAACCCUAUCAAUUCUAUUGCAACUUCUGCCGAGCUCAAGAUCUUCUUCAUCAUAUCCUUCGAUUGCAUGCUUAGGGUUAUCAGGUCUCGAUUCGAAGCGAACCGUAACCUACAUGCCCCGGCCCGGUGAUGGCGCACCCAGAGCUGUGACCCUUAUUCCAGGUGAUGGAAUCGGACCUCUUGUCACUGGUGCUGUCGAGCAGGUCAUGGAGGCAAUGCACGCUCCGGUGUACUUCGAGAGAUACGAAGUUCAUGGCGACAUGACAAAGGUUCCGCAAGAGGUGAUUGAUUCGAUCAGGAAGAACAAGGUCUGCUUGAAGGGUGGUUUGGCAACGCCGGUUGGAGGGGGAGUUAGCUCGUUGAAUAUGCAACUGAGGAAGGAGCUUGAUCUGUAUGCGUCGCUUGUGAAUUGUUUCAAUCUGCCUGGGUUGCCCACGAGGCACGAGAAUGUUGAUAUCGUUGUGAUCAGGGAAAAUACAGAAGGAGAGUAUUCUGGGCUCGAGCAUGAGGUCGUUCCUGGUGUGGUCGAGAGCCUCAAGGUGAUAACAAAAUUCUGUUCAGAGCGCAUUGCAAAAUAUGCUUUUGAGUAUGCCUAUCUUAAUGACCGGAAGAAAGUGACAGCUGUUCACAAGGCGAACAUUAUGAAGCUUGCAGACGGUCUCUUCCUAGAAUCUUGCCGUGAGGUUGCGACAAAAUAUCCUGGAAUAAAGUAUAAUGAGAUAAUUGUGGACAACUGCUGCAUGCAACUUGUCUCGAAGCCUGAACAAUUUGAUGUCAUGGUGACACCUAACCUUUAUGGUAACUUGGUAGCAAAUACAGCAGCAGGUAUUGCUGGAGGCACUGGUUUCAUGCCAGGAGGCAAUGUGGGGGCUGAUCAUGCUAUUUUUGAACAAGGUGCUUCGGCAGGCAACGUAGGAAAUGAGAAAUUGCUAGAGCAGAAGAAAGCAAAUCCAGUAGCCCUCCUUCUCUCAUCUGCCAUGAUGCUGAGACAUUUACAGUUUCCAUCUUUUGCUGAUCGAUUGGAGACUGCUGUAAAGCGUGUGAUCUCAGAGGGCAAGUAUCGGACAAAAGAUCUUGGUGGAGACAGUACAACCCAAGAGGUUGUUGAUGCAGUCAUUGCAAAUCUAGACUGACAGAAGGAUUUCUUUACCAAAUAAACUUGCUAUGAAGCAGUCUUUUGAGCCCCUGGGUUUUUGAACAUGUAGCAAGCAUUUCCUCUGCCAUUUAUGUAUCAUUAUCAAGUUUUCCCGCUGAUGCAGGUAAAUCACAAAAUGUGAUACAUGUAAUUUUUCCCCUGGUAAUAAUGCAUUAAUGCUGCUUAGUCCUUGAAAUCAGGAACCAUGUGUGAGUGCUUAAAUAGAAGCCUCUGAAUGCUACAUAAAUGCAAUUUUCUACAUUGGUAAAACUUGCUUGCAUGAAA